CUCGUGGCACAGCGAARGGGUUGCACUUUGCACGGUGAUGCAAAGGUGCCCAACGCUCACCGAACCCCAGUUAAACGUGAGCACUGAUAACACGCUCCAGAAAUCAACAAACCCUGACCUGCCAGCACCUCCAUGGGGGAAAGGUGAACCCUUGGGAUUUCCAGGUCUACAAAAGGGGUUUGGUGGYAACGAGCAUGGUGGUUGUGCUUCCCGAUACCCGUUGGCCCGAAACCAGGGGUGGCAGUGGCAGGUGGCGUUUCUCCUCCUCCCGCCCUUCUCUGGUUACCCGGCGCCAUCUCUGCAAACAAAGGGGAGGGUGUGGGACGCAGGUGACGGUGACGGAGGAGCAGAGAGGAGCGUCCAGCAGCCAGCACCGAAACCCCACCCCGGGGCCAGCCCGUAUAAAUAGCACUGCGCACAGGUGUAAGCCGAUCCCCCGGCUGUGAGCGGCGGCGGGUGACGGCCACGGUCUCGGUCCGUGGGUUCUUCUCCGCCAUCGCCCGCAGCGCGUCACUGAACCGUCCACCAUGUCGAUGGGACUGGAGAUCGGCGGUGUGGCCUUGUCCGUGCUGGGUUGGUUGUGCAGCAUCAUCUGCUGUGCGCUGCCCAUGUGGAGGGUGUCGGCCUUCAUCGGCAACAACAUCGUGACGGCCCAGAUCAUYUGGGAAGGGCUGUGGAUGAACUGCGUGGUGCAGAGCACGGGGCARAUGCAGUGCAAGGUCUACGACUCCAUGUUGGCGCUGCCGCAGGACCUGCAAGCCGCCCGCGCCCUGCUGGUGGUGGCCAUCGUCUUGGCCGUCAUGGGCUUAAUGGUGGCCAUUGUGGGCGCCCAGUGCACCCGCUGCGUGGAGGACGAGAGCACCAAAGCCAAGAUCACCAUCGUCUCCGGCGUUAUCUUCCUUCUCUCCGGUGUCAUGACCCUCAUCCCCGUCAGCUGGUCAGCCAACACCAUCAUCCGGGAUUUCUACAGCCCGCUGGUGAUCGACGCACAGAAGCGGGAGCUGGGCACCUCGCUCUACGUGGGCUGGGCAGCCUCCGCGCUCCUGAUGUUGGGGGGGGCCCUGCUCUGCUGCUCCUGCCCCCCGAAAGAUGACAGGUACCCCACGGGCAAGGUGGCCUACUCCGCCCCGCGCUCCGCCGUCACCAGCUACGACAAGAGGAACUAUGUCUGAGCCCCCCAGGGUCCCCCGGCAUCCCCUGACGUCCCCCACCCCACCCACCCAUCCCGGGACCCUCAUCGCCCUCCGUGGGGCCCGGGGACGGCAGCGCCGGGGCGGGGGGGGGCGCGAAGGAGGGGACGAGGACGGCUGCGGGGUCAGGGCCGGGCUGUGUAAAUAGAGACGGUUUCGGUUAAACACGAGGCAGUUUCGGGUCGGCGGGAGAAGCGGCGCCCGGCGAGGUCCUGCCACGCCGGUGGAGCAGGAUGAAGACGGAUGGGGACGGUGCCCCCUGCUGUGUCCCCCCAUCGCUGCUGGCCCGGCACCGUCUGUCCCUGUUACGCGUGGUCUGUACCGGUUACAUUUGUCAAUAAACGUGUC